AUUUGACACAGAUCGAGAAUGAGAAGUAGAUAUGCGCAGAUCCUGAGAGCAUCCUGUUUCUGUUUGACAUGAUGGCGACGAGACUGCUUCUGUUUCUCUGUCUGACGGGACAUGUGUUUGCCAAAGAACCGCCUGAUGUGGAGUGUUUAGUGAUGCAUCUGGAAUAUAUUCACUGUUCCUGGAAUAAGGACCGGACUCCAGAGGUCAAUUACACCUUCUAUAGCGGGUUCCACAACAAAACACCCAGAGAGUGCCCCAGCUAUUUUUCAGAGAACAGCAUAAACACUGGAUGCAAACAGCCCUAUUUACAAACAGGUGAUAGGUUCUCCGACUUUAACACCAAACUGGUACAUGGAAACGACAGUUAUGAAAAGAUACAUGAACUCACAGAGAGAGUCAAGUUCAAUCCUCCCUCCUACCUUCAACUAUUUGCCUCAUUAAACAUCAAAGAAGAUUUCUACUAUCUGCAACAAACUUCCCCUGUCUUUCUCAAACUCACAGACACUCCUCACAUGAACAGCUCGAUGUCUGUGUUGACUCCAGUGCUGUGUGGGUUGGGUGCUUUCAUCCUCAUCCUACUGGUCAUGAUUUUGUUACACCAUGAAAGAAUCAGAAUCAUCUUGAUCCCUGUGGUCCCCAAGCCAUCCUUACCUCCUAAUGUCGAGGAUUGGUUUCAGUUCCCCAAGGGCCUGAAAGAGAGUUUUAAGGACAAUGAGCGUCCCUGUCCUGUCCGUGAGUACUGCCAUGUCCCUGAGUCUGACAGCGAGAGCUCUGACUGCUCCACCUGCUCCGGCACCACCGACCAAACCGACUGCUCCGUCUCCAUCCCUGUGAACGAAUCUGACCUGCCUACUUCCUGUUCCUCUUCCACCUCCACAGUCUCACCUGAGGAGGAGAAGCAGGUUUCUGUUUAGGAGGCAUGUCAGUCAGGGUUGGGUUUCUUAAAACGUUAUAAUUCGAACAGAAAUGAGUUUCAUCAUGUCAUCAAUCCAAAACCCCAGCUUAAAAUGACAUAAUGAAUGUAACCUCAAUGAAGCAGAAGGAAAGGACCCAAUACAAUUACUGAAUGAGAUUGUAUAUCAGCAUCAUCAUCAGGGCACUUACAUUGUGAUAAAAAAAAGCGUAAUCAAUGGCUUCUUUAUUUUUGCUUCUGUCAGAUAUUAUUUCUUAAGUUUUCAUCGUUCGCCUUAAUCAAGUUAAGCAAAAUGGCUUUGAUUAGUAUUGAUAUGUGUAGAUUUUUCUUACAUAUAACCUUUUGUAAAUGUACAUGUAUAGUGUUGCAUAAAUAUGAGUAAUAAUAAAUCCUAAUUGCUUGAAUCAUCAUGUAAUCCAAACCUCAAUUAACUUAGAUAUGUAUGUCCCUCUUUGGUACACAGCCAUACAAAUACAUUUGGAGCAAAGCUCGGUUUAAAAUAAAAUGAAUAUGUGGACCAAUUAUUGUACUUAAGUACAAGAGUGUUGAUUGACACUCCACAAAUCAAAAUCUGCAAAGCAACUAAAGGAAUUAAAUACAUGUAAUGGAGUGGAAGUACACUUUUUACCUGUGAAUUGUAGCGGGGUACAAAGUAACAAGUAAAUGAAAUGCUUAAGUAAAGUAGCCUACUAGUCCCUCAGAAUUGUACAAAUACAGUAGGCUACUUGAGUAAAUCUACUCAUUGACUUUACACCACUCUACAUGGUGAUGGGUGCAUGCAUGAAAGGCCUACCCAAAAUCAGGGUGGGGGGUGCCACAGCCCCUUAAAAUAUGUUUCUUGUAUUAUCAUGUGUGUGUUAUACUUAUAUUCCUAAAAUGUUUCCAAUCUUAAUAGCUCUUUGAUUGGACUUUUUCAAUGUGGUUUGACAUGCUGUAACCUGAUUGUAUUUUAGUCCUUUCUGUCAUAACCUGAUUUAAUAAUUAAUAAAUAGAAAUGCCUU